GUGCCGUGCGAGAGGCAAGACAGUGGCCCCAGCCAGAGCAGCGGUCACGGCACUGCAGCAAGUCCCGGGCGCAGUGGUGCUUGUUUGAGCUUGCCGCCUUUCUGAAAAGCAAGACGUCACAACAGCAGCACCUCAUCGUCAGGCCCAUCUUCAUGGGGCCUCUUUCCAUCGCAGUCUUUCUUACUUUUGCUGCUGUUGCAAUGGCAAUCGCAACAGUACCUAUCCGUGACGAGGACAAACACUUCGCGCAGCUGCUGUCAGCCAUUGUCUUCUGUGGGUUUGUGGUUGCAGUCCCGACUGCUAGCACCAUCCGAAGCUACUUUCGCGACUUGGACACCAUGAAGCUGCAGUUGUCUUCGAUCUCUGUUGAUUCCACAAGGAGUUCCUGCUGUGAUCGACAUCAUGUGCGCGCUUCGGGUGAACGCAUGUUUUGCGACCGUAAGAUCGUGAAAGAGUGUGUGCAGAUUUGGUUUGGCAGCGAGCUAUCUUUCGAGGACACGGUACGCGCCGAGGUUUUGGACAUUUUGAACCGUAAUCUUACACAGAAGGUAUUCAGUACUCCAUGGGCUUUGGGAGUGACUUCCCCAAUCAUGCUGGCCUUCAUGGACGUCUCUGCCAGCUUCACUCAACCGGACAAUACUUGGAAGCUGUGGGGACAUCCUUCUGUUUCGUUUCUACUCGACGGAUUGGUGAUUUGGCUCCUGUUCGUCCCAGCCAACAAGGAUCUCUUGAUACUUUUGCUAAGGACUUGGCCUGAAGGCACUGUUACGCCGGCCUGGUUGGUAAUUCCCAGGCCGAGCCAGACGAGAAGCGAAGAUUCCAUCCUGGACUUGCAGGUGCCGUGCGAGAGGCAAGACAGUGGCCCCAGCCAGAGCAGCGGUCACGGCACUGCAGCAAGUCCCGGGCACAGCGGGGAUUCCAGGGCAUCCGAUACGGACUUGCACAUGGAAGCGAUGAUACCAACUCUGGUAGAAAGCGUUGCCAAGAUGGAGGUUGUAAACCCAGAGGUCUUGAGGGUGACCCCGGUGUUUCGCGCCUUGGAGCAUUUUGCUGCAGCAUUGCGUGCUGGAUCUGCUGUGGAUUUUUACCAUAAGAGUCACCGGAGCCAAAGAAUAUCGACAUUUUGGAGUCACUCUUGGCACGGAGGGCAUUGGAAGAAGAUCUUCGCCAUUAUAACUCUCUACAACGGCACUGCUGCAGUAUUGUUGUCUUUGCUCACCGGGGGGUGCACGAUGUGGUGCUUGUUUGAGCUUGCCGCUUUCCUGAAAAGCAAGACGUCACAACAGCAGCACCUCAUUGUCAGGCCCAUCUUCAUGGGGCCUCUUUCCAUCGCAAUCUUUCUUACUUUUGCUGCUCUUGCAAUACCAGUCGCAACAGUACCUCUCAAGUACGAAAGAGCCAUCGUGCAGUUUCUGUCGCCCAUUGUCUUCUGCGCGUUUGUGGUUGCAGUCCCGGCUGCCAGCACUGUCCGAAGCUACUUUCGCGACUUGGACACCAUGAAGCUACAGCUGUUGUCGAUCUCCGUUGAUUCCACAAGGAGUUCCUGCUGUGAUCUACAUCAUGUGGGCCCUUCGGGUGAACGUAUGAUGUGCGACCGUAAGAUCGUGAAAGAGUGUGUGAAGAUUUGGUUUGGCAGCGAGGUAACUUUCGAAGACACGGUGCGCACCAAUGUUUUAGACAUUUUGAACCGUGAUCUUACCCAGAAGGUAUUCAGUACUCCAUGGGCUUUGGGAGUGACUUCCCCAAUCAUGCUGGCCUUCAUGGACGUCUCUGCUAGCUGGGCUCAGCAUUAUUGGGUGCCGUGGGAGCAUCCUGCUAUUGCCCUUCUACUCGAAGGAUUGGUGAUUUGGUUCAUAUUCGUCCCAGCCAACAAGGAUCUCCUGAUACUUUUGCUAAGGCUUGGUCGGCGGAGACCAAGGAGUACUUGUCUUGAGCUCCUUAAGAACCUCGCGGUGUUGGCAGCAGCAGCUGUCCCUUGCCUUGUAUUGGUCGUAGCUUAUGGCCUCACUCGAUUUGCAGAUCUUGCUCUUUUCGACGCUCUUAAUGCCAUGAAUCGAGCGUUGGCUUUUGUAUUCUGCACACUGCUUAUAUCACUGUGCAACUUCCUCAUAGGACUUGGCCUGAAGGCAUUUUUACGCCGACCUGGUUGGUAA